AGUACAUCGUUGAGAAACACUGCUACACACAGCGGUUCCUCCAUUAGAGAAAAAUGGUGCCUGUGCUAAUCUUCAUUGUAGCUCUCCCUAUAAUCCUCUUCUUCUUCCUUCAAAAACACAAAUCCGUGAAGAACGUUCGUCUCCCUCCCGGUCCCAAAGGACUUCCCUUAAUUGGUAACCUACACCAGCUUGAUAACUCAAACCUUCCUCGUUAUCUAUGGCAACUCUCCAAACAAUAUGGUCCUCUUAUGUCCAUGAGGUUUGGUUUUAAGCCAGCAAUUGUAAUCUCAUCUGCCAAGAUGGCUAAGGAGGUACUCCAAACUCACGAUCUUGUAUUUUGUAGUAGGCCGACAUUACGUGGCCAGCAAACUUUGUCCUACAAUGGAGUAGACUUGGCUUUUGCACCAUAUGGUGCUUACUGGAGGGAGAUGAGGAAGAUUUGUGUUGUUCAUCUCUUUAGCUCUAUUAGAGUGCAAACUUAUCGUCCCAUUCGAGAAUAUGAAGUGUCUCUCAUGCUUGGAAAGAUAUCGAAAUCAGUUAAUGCUUCCAAGCCUGUUAAUUUGACUGAAGCAUUGAUGUCUCUUGCAAAUCAUAUAAUCUGUAGAAUUGCUUUGGGCAAGAGAUAUGAGGAUGAAGGAGUUGAAAGAAGUAGAUUUCAAAGUCUACUGAAUGAAGUUCAAGCCUUGUUUGUAACUAACUUUUUCUCAGAUUGUUUUCCUUUCAUGAGCUGGCUCGAUAGGCUCACUGGACAACUCUCUCGUCUCAAUAAAAGUUUCGUAGAAUUCGAUAAAUUCUACAAUGAAAUCAUACAGGAGCACCUUGAUCCAAGGAGGCCAAAACCUGAACAAUACGACAUUCUUGAUGUCCUACUUCAACAAUGGAAGGAGCAAUCAUUCAAGGUCGAUGUCACUUUAGAUCACAUCAAAGCAGUGCUCAUGAACGUAUUUGUUGCGGGAACAGACACGAGCGCAGCCACAGUGGUUUGGGCCAUGACCUUCCUGAUGAAGAAUCCGAGAACUAUGAAGAAGGCACAAGAAGAAAUCAGAAACUUAUUAGGAAAGAAAGAUUUUGUCAACGAAGAUGAUCUUCAACGACUCCCAUAUCUUAAAGCAGUGGUGAAAGAGAUCAUGAGAAUUCAGUCAAUAGUUCCACUACUCAUCCCCAGAGAAUCAAUUGGAAAGUGUAAUCUAGAUGGGUAUGAAGUACCAGCAAAAACGUUGGUUUUUCUGAAUGCAUGGGCAAUUGGAAGGGAUCCUGAAGUUUGGGAAAACCCAGAAGAGUUUUACCCUGAGAGAUUCGUUGGCAGUUCAAUCGACUUCAAAGGCCAAGAUUUUGGGCUAAUACCAUUUGGAGGUGGUAGAAGAAUUUGUCCUGGUUUAUCAAUGGGAAUCGCCACUGUGGAGCUUUCGCUUGCUAAUCUUCUUUACAAAUUUAACUGGGAAAUGCCGGCUGGGAUGAAGAAGGAAGACAUAGACACCGAUGUGCUUUCCGGCAUUACGGUGCAUAAGAAAAAUGAUCUGUUUCUCAUGGCUAGAGACUGUUUUUGACGACCAAGAACAUAUCUCUUCAAUGUUUAAGUGUAAUAUGUGAUUUGUUUCCAAGUGUCUUUCUUCAAGCAAUGACACUGAGAAUUACGUUUUAAAUUAAAU